ACAGCAUCCACUCUAAUAUGGAUUCAACAUAGAUUCACGCAAUAAACUCCUACCUUCCUUGUAUUUGCUGUGAAUUGCACAUCUUAUCAAAGUCCAUGAACUCGAGCUUACGACAUUAAAAAUAUUCUACACAUUUCACAUCUCCUCCGCGUGCUUUGGCUAAUCGCUUUCUUAAGUCCUUCAUUCUUUUCUCCUAAUGACGAUAUGAGUAGAAGUUGGCAAAUAUAGCAAUUCACCCCUCAUGGAAUCCAUACAAGCCCGCGCCGACUCUGUGCGAAAUGCUGUCACAUCGGUUUCGACAUGUACUGCUACAAUCUCAGCUACCGUCAAAGAACUUCUCCAAGAUAACGACGCGAAUAACGAAGCCUCAAAACCAGUCUCAAAAGCGCGGUCGACCAAAUUAACAAGAGCGCCAAGUAGAACAAAUACUAUAUCAGGAGGGCCGCGUACACAAGGCAAUGGAGGAUGUUUAUCAGCUAAAGAAAAGGCUGUCCUGGCUACUCAGAUUGUUACCGCCAGUCUCAAAGCUCUGGGAGAGGCAGCGAAAUCUCCAUCUAAUUCAAGUCCAGAUGCGCGUGAAUCUACCAAGAGCGAUCCUGCCAAAAGCGAAACCCGAAAUGGCCUUCAGAGAUCAAUUUCAGCCCCCCUGAAGCCAUUAUCAUCCCGGUCUUUGAAUAGAGUUGCGACAUCGCCUGCCGUUUCGAAGGCAUCUCGAUCACCCUUACAAUCUACCUCUUCAAUGGGAUGUUUAUCUUUAAUAGAAUGCGCACGCGUGGCUUUCGCAGCAUUAGCAACUCUAGAGUCGUCAAAGGCUGUCCAACUUCCUGAACUGCAGCUGGAGGCGGGAAUGUCAUCAUUUAUCAGCAAACUCAUCGGGCUGAAUCAGUUUGAUAUAGCAUUAAGAGAGCUUAGGGUAUUAAAACGACGCUUAGGACGUGUGGACAAUGAGGAAGUUAAGAACGCAGCGGCCCGUUCGAAACCGGAAUCCAAUAUAACAUCGAAAACACUUGCCGAGUUGCUGGAUUUCACUAUGAUUGUUGCGUCUGGCCCAUUACUUGGUCUGGUCAUCACAACUCAACUUCAGGCUCUUCGCAUCAUACAUGGCCUCAAAAAGUCCUCACAUCUUGAGGGCAUCUUACCCCUACUACGCGAGACUUGUUCUUCUUCGCCGAUAAAACUACUCCUAUCGUCUCUUAAGGGUGCCAACCCAGAUCAGACCAAAUGCGCUAGACAGCUGGAGAGUCUAUCUCAAACUCUUCUUUCUUUAACGCCAAGCGUAGCGGCUAAGGAUGAUGACUUUGCAGUGGAGCCGAAGCUGUCCCCAAGUCCCGAGGUGGCAUUAGAGGUACAAGCUCUCGGUUUGGUUACGCGUCUGCAGUCAUGGAGUGUAUCUGGACAUAGGGGGGAUGUUGAUAAGGAUAUCAUAUCACCUCUCUCCAAAUGCCUAUCUGCUUUUGUUAGAAGAGCAUCCUCCAGCCGCUUUCCAAUGGCGAUUACCGCUUUCUCCCAGGUCUGGAAACGUGUCGAAAAGUUAGGACUCAGGCCGACAGAAUCAUCUCGGUCUCCCUCAGCUACAAUAUACCAAGUACUCGCCACAGCGUCCCAGGAAUCUGGUAAUACCAACGAGGCGAAGAAGUGGUUAACAAAGGUCAAAUCUUUAACCAACCCAGCCGUGGAUUCCGCGGCAAGGUGUUGUGCUGUCACCGCUAGACUGUUGGCGCUCUCUCUCAAGCAGUCCUCUCAGGUUGACGAGAGUGUACUGAUGGAAGUCUUGGACGGGUUACGAGGAUCGCUUGGUGGUACAAGUGCGGAAAUGGACGACCUUUUAGCCAGCGUGUGUCUCCUGCGGAAAUCUGUGAUCAACGUGAUCAUGGAAAAGAAAGAUAACUCUACUACGAUUCCGCAGAAUAUUAGUGAACAUCUGGAUACUUUCAUUUUCCAACUACCUCGAUUUUCUCUGAGAUGGCUAGGCAAGCCACCGAGUUCGGCGAACGCCGCAAAGGACUUUAUUCGGUUCGACCAACGUCGGGGGUUAUUAUCAACCUAUUUACCUCACACCCUCGACUCAGCUCUGAUGCUUUCAAAAUUGCUGUUAGACAGUGGUCGACUCGCCUGGGAUGUUUUGGAUUCUACUCUCCAGGACAGUUUGGCCCUUCUAGAAAAUAUUGAAGAUUUAGCUCGAUUAGAAACUAAGAGCAAUCCAUCUCCCUCAUAUCAUAUCAAAAUAUCUCAUUUAUACUACCAACAACACCUUGCUUUACGAAAAUCCAUCACGAAGACGACAGAAAUUACAUCUCUUAAGGCGCUUCGAAAGUCUAUCGAUAGUGUGAAGAACCGGCCUGAAGCGGAGCAGACCCGAGCUCAACUAUUAGUCAAAUGGGAGAGAUUUGCUGAGCUAUGUAGAGCUUCAGGUAGAUUAGACGAUGCUACUGAUGCUCUCCGCUCCAUUAGAGAUCAUCUUGUUCGGCAAGAAGUUGUGUCAAACAUUACCGCCAGCCUCGCAACAGAACCCUGGUGGAUAGCGUGGAAACAGAAUUCUGAUGUCGAAUUACUUUCAAGGACAGUCUGCAACCUUGCUAAACUUGACCGGAAACACAACGAUUGGACUUGGUUGCUUGUUGGGCCGGAUAAAGCUACUGCUCUUGAGCAUGAUCUCUACGCCAUCGUUUGUAAAGAUCAGAAGUUCCGCUACGAAUCGGAUUUAUCAAGUCCUAUGAUAAAGACUUUAUUAGAGUUUUACUCUGUUGAAAGGCACCCAAUCCGCAGGUUGAGAACCCUGCUGCAGCUUCUCACUAUCCACAUGGGCUCACAAGAUGGGCUUGCCGACUUGCGGGCCGAGGUGGAAGGGGUUCUCAAACCGAUCAGUGAAGAAGCCCUAGCGGAUGAUUCUGGCCUAGUUCGCUACAUCCCGCAUCUACAAGCAUCAGCAGCGUGCAUAUUAGGGUUGAUCGACUCGAACAUAGAUUCACCACAAAUUAAAGAAGCCUUAGUUAGAUGGAAGCACAUCGUCUCCCAAUGUCAAUCCACUGAGCAGCUAUUGGCCCACAUCGAUAAUCCAUCUCAGCUACUCACAAACCUGCAGUCUCUUGUCGAUUUCGCCAGAAUCAAGGGUCUAGAAACCCUACAAACAGAGAUCCUCGAACUCUCGAUGAGCCUCUCUAAGCUUUCGGGAGAUUGUAAUCUUGAAGCAUCAAUAAGUCAGGGCAUUACACUCUGUCUACAACAUUUGAGCCAUGGCUGGUCAUCCAAAGCUGAGAAGUUUUUGAUAGACAACCAAGAAGUAAUUUCUCAACCAGACAUCGCCAGAGAGCUUAUUGUGAGGUUUCACUUAUCUGCUGCCGAGUAUCACCUCUCCUUGGGAGCUCUUGACAAGGCUGAACAGCAUUUGAGUAAUGCUCGAAAUGCUGAGAUGGGCUUGUCAUCCGAGCUAGAACCAAGGAAAGGGAAGAGCUCCAAUCGAAGAAUCACAACAGCAUACGCGUAUUUCCUAUACUCAAAUCUCGAGCUCGAGCGUGGCGACUGUUAUCACGCACUUCGCUUCGCCAAAACCGCUGUCAGGAAAUUGUUCCAUGAUUGGUCCAGACUAGAUGAGAUGAGAUCCGCCGCCCACGAUAUUUCCAUAGAAGAGUCCUCGCAAUCAGAUGCUUCAGAUAAGGAUACGAGCCUCAAUAAUUCCUAUAUAGAGCGUUCCGAUCUACCCCGUGCGAGCGCUGGCCCAGAGUUUUGGGCACUAGCUUACCAGCUGUUUCGGUUUCUUCUACAAUUGUCUUCUACCUACUCACACGUCGGUAUGUAUCAGGAAACACUAUAUUAUGCCGAACAAGCACAUAAAGUAGCGAAGAGCAUGGAGUCAGCAGUGUACAUGUCUCAAUCUCUUGCAUGGUUAGCACGGGUGUGGCUCAUGGCUGGUAAGCUGGAGAAGGCAGUAGAGCUGGCAGCUGAAAUCAAGCCUAUAACUCUAGGCUUAGAGCCCACCUAUCAGAACGCGAAAGUGCUGUGUCGUCUGAGUUCGGUAUAUGGAGAAAUUAACGAUGAAGAGGCGCAAGAGGAAGUAAUAGGCAGGGCAGAGUCCAUGCUCAAGAUCUUGAAUAGCGCCCACGAUGCGAAUAGUUCAGUUGCGGAUGUAUUAGAAUCAGACAUGGCAGGGCUAAGGGUCGAAGAAAAGCCAGUUGUUAAAGCUGUAGGACGCCGCACUGCAGUAGCGAAAAGACCAAGAGCUCCAACCAAGAGUAUCUCGAAGAAGCCGCCGCCGAAAAAGGAGAUUCCCCUACCCGAAGUCCCGGUACAAGUUAAACCCGAAGAAACCCAAUUAUCCUUCUUACGCGCCUCGAUCCUCCAGAUUCAAUCGACCCGUCUCCUUGAUGCUAGUGAUUGGGCGGCAGCGGUGACCACCCUCCGAACAGCAUAUGAGCUUUCCAAGUUGCCCACAGACGUGUCACAAGCCAGCUUCUUAAUGGGCGUGGCCUUGAUUGGGCAGAGUCUAGAACAGAUAAGCCACGACGCUGUAUUUUCCGUCAUCCAGGAUUCAACUCUUUCAUUCCCUUCAGUAGCGGGAUCUUUUAAGGAAAGGAUCGCAUCUGAUCGGCUAUCCUUAGCAAAACCAGUGGCUCCUCGCAAAGGUCGUGGGCCAUCGAAGAAUGCUCAGAACACGCGGUCUUUUGUCGAGAAACUACGCGAAGCACAAGGACACUUGCUAGCGGCGCAUUCUAUUGCGAGUCUUAAUGGCGAUGGCGACUUGGUUCAUCGUAUUGCCACUGUCCUACAAAAUGUGGUCAUCCUUUUGUCGAAUACGAAUUCAUCCACACCGGCGGCGAGCCAUCCUGCUCAUGCCACUUGCUCCGUUGAACUGGCGCGCAAUCUGACCUGGCGCCGCGAGCGCAAGACACUUCACCUAGAAGCCGCAAAAGAACCAAAGUUGGAUUGGCCUGUACUUACCGAUAAUACCUAUGAUAGACGUACCAGCCUUGGGCUUUCCCUAGAUAUGGAUUGUUUCCAGAGAGAUUAUGUCGAUAUUAUCCCCAAAUCUUGGAACGUCGUAUCAGUAUCACUAAGCGACAAUGAGCACGAUCUAUGCGUCACUAAGCUCCAACCAGGCCACAGUCCAUUCGGAAUUCGGCUUCCGCUUGAGAGGGCGAGCUCCAGGGAUGCAGACUCUGAGGUGUUCAGCUUCCGCCAAGGACGAACAGAGUUGCUCGAGAUUAUACAGAUGGCUAAUCGCACCUGUCAUGAUGCGCGGGAUAUGAGCCAGAAAGGUGCAAAGUCCGCGUGGUGGGCUGAACGGGAACAACUCGACGAACGCUUGAAAAAUCUUAUGGACUGCAUCGAACAGUCAUGGCUCGGAGGGUUUAAAGGCAUAUUUUCGCAUCAUCGGAGACAAGAAGAUCCAAUUGUUCAGUUUCAGACGAGCUUUCAGAGUAUUCUCGACAAAAAUCUCCCCUCGAGGCGCAAAGUCCGCGGCAAAAAGACGAAAGCAGCUCCUGCAACCCAGGUCAACCUUGAUCCUAGGAUAUAUGAGUUAUUUAUCGGCUUGGGAGACCCAACAGCUCGCGAGGGCGAUUUAGACGACGCUUUAACAGACUUGCUAUACUUUGUUGUCGAUAUCCUCCAAUUCCAUGGCGAGAGGAAUGCUUACGAUGAAGUCAACUUUGACGACAUGGUGGUGGAGACCUACGACGCUUUACAUGCGUAUUACGUUGCUGCUAAGAGUGCUAAGGACGCGGACGAAGCUGUACAUACGAUUUUGAUCCUCGAUAAGUCCUUACAUGCAUUCCCCUGGGAGUCCCUGCCUUGUCUGCAGGGCUUGGCCGUAUCUCGCGUUCCUUCGCUCGACUGCCUGCGAAGGUUGAUUUUGGAGGCCAAACCUGGUAACCCAGAUGCCGUCGACGAAGACGACCAAACCGGCAGUUUCAGUCGACGACAGGGUCACUACGCAUCAAUUAACUCAGGCACGUACAUCUUGAACCCUGGCUCCGACCUCAAGAACACUCAAGCUACCUUCGGCAACGCAUUAUCCACCCUUCCCCCGGCGUGGAAUAGCAUUGAGAUGCAGGAACCGACAGAAGCCGAAUUCGAGUCGGCCCUCGCUGACAAGGAUUUAUUACUGUACUUUGGUCACGGCAGCGGCGCCCAGUACAUUCGCGGCCGUACGAUUCGUAAGAUGGAUAAGUGUCAAGCGGUAGCACUGCUCAUGGGCUGUAGCUCGGCAUCGCUCGCGGACGUGGGUCGCUUCGAGUGCCACGGCCCCGUAUGGAACUAUAUGCUGGCCGGGUGUCCCGCCGUCGUGGGCACUCUCUGGGACGUGACGGACCGCGAUAUCGACCGCUUCGCCGGACGGGUGUUCGAGGAGUGGGGGCUCAUGCCUAAGGGCACGUUUGCGGAAGACGCGGGCUCGAGCGCGAAGGGAAAGAAGGUCGCGAGAGGAAAUAAAGGGGGCACGGAGAAAAAGAAGGCGACGACUGGAGAAGAUAGGGGUAAUGCGAGCCUUGUCGAGGCUGUCGCGAAGGCACGGGAUGCGUGUCGCUUUAGAUACCUGACGGCGGCGGCGGUGUGCGUCUACGGUAUUCCGGUAUAUAUUAGCGAUCAGUGAGCCGAGGCUACCUAUAUCCUAUCCUAAUAGCAAAUGUAGGGGGAGGGGAAGGGAAGGUGACUAGAGCAGAUUUCGCUCGAGGAGUCGGGGUCAGGUAGGCGGCAUAAUGCGGCGUUCGGAGGUCGAUAAAUUAGAGCUCUAGAUACCUUUGUUGUUGUCGUUGUUGUACAUUGGAUCACUAGGCGUUGGGGCUAGGAUACUCUACUUGCUUUCAGAGUACGUAAUGUUAAGAUAAUGAUUCCCAGAGUGAUGGCUUGGGUACCAGCGGUGAUUAUGAUGUUUCGUCUUGUUCUGUAGAUCAUACGGAGAUGUGUUCGAAUUAUGGUUAUGGAGAGCGCUCCGGAAGGGGAUCUAGAACAUCCUGUUUUCUUCAGCGGCACUUUUGGACGAACUUGCACUAUUAGAUGGGAUUUCUCUAGACUGUUUCUUGCACAUACGAAU